CAAAAUUUUGGAGAGCAUUUCUUCAAAGAGUUUAGCGAAAGUGUUACGUGAGAAAUGGCGGCAAGUCCAACGAUCCUGAGGCAACAAUGGUCAUCAUUUGCUGUUAGACAUACUAAUGAUCCGCCACUUUGACUUUUUGAGUCAGCAAUUGCGAUUUGCUUGAGCCCAAUAUGCGAUUGGAAAAUUCUAAGGAUUGCAAAUGUUUUGCGGUAUAGCACAAGCACCCUCACUUCAUUAGUUGAAAGAGCGAAUACAACUUCGUCGAUCGUAUCAGACUCAGUCAGUCGCACAGACCUUACAAUAUCCGGGUUAUAAUUUUCUGACCCACCAUUUACGCCCGCAAACAGCGCCCGGUCGAAACACGACGAAACCCGAGUAGUAGCAUUUUUCCAUUAUCCCUGUAGAUGCCAAAAUCCAUGUCAGCCCGAAUACAAUGAAGAAAGGAUUCGCUUUUGACGAGUCUCGCUAAGUCGUUUCCCCCCAUCAUGCCUCAAGAUCCUCCUGCUCCAUUCGGACCUGGCGCAACGCGUCGCAUCCGUCCAACCGUUCGGGUAGGCAUCGGCGUGGUGGUUCUCUCCAACAAGCAGGACGGACUAUUCUACGCCGGCAUCCGUCAAGGGUCUCACGGAUCCGGUACGCUUGCCUUACCAGGCGGACACCUUGAAAUGUACGAAUCUUGGGAGUCCUGCGCGAUUCGAGAAGUGAAAGAAGAAAUGGGUAUUGAAGUGGAAAACCCACGCAUUCUUCACGUAACAAAUGACAUCAUGGAGACCGAGGGGAAACACUACGUUAAGAUAUUUAUGGGGGCGACGUCUAGCAAUCCGAAAUCUGUCCCUCAGAACUGCGAACCAAAAAAAUGUCAGGGAUGGAAUACUUACAGAUGGGAAGAUCUUAAGAGCCUACCAGCCGACCAGCUUUUUGGGCCUCUUCGUCAAUUGGUGGAACAGGAACCGCAAGAACUAAUUGAGUUCCUGGCUUGUGCCACAAAAAGAUGUCCUGGCUUGAUUUGACAGAGAUAAACAGUCCACUUUUCCAGGGCUUGCUUAAAUUCUCCAACGUAGCACCACUGGGUUUCGCGCUGUAUGUUCCGUCUAGUGUUCCAAGCUUUGGACGAUGCGCUUUGCGGAGACGGCAUUGAUUCAGAACUCAAAGCAAAGAACCAGAAACACUCUUGGCAAGGGACAAUAAACGACUACAAAGCAGUACAAACACCACAAUUUACAAACACUUAUACUGUAAGCCUUGGCGAAACAAGCGCAUUUUGAUUUAUUUUGCGCCAA